AUGAGGGCACAGACUGGCAGCCACAUGUAUUCUCCUCAUGUGGUGAAAGGAAAUGACUUUGAACAUCUGGAAAACCUCCGGCGCGUAUGUGAUCAUGGCGGUGCUAAAGAUGGCGCCGUCCUCCCUCUUGCCGUGACGCCCUUUAGCCUCCCGUCCAGCGACGAGCAGCAGCAAAGGAUGCUGGGAAACAGCCGACACCUGUACCCCGGGGCGGAGGAGGAGGAAGAGGAGGAGGAGGAAGAAGAAGAGGAGCUAGAGGACGAGACGGAGGAGGUGUCUGGGGAGUUGGAAGACGACAUGGACGUGCACCGCGGCGGGUUGUCUCGGAGCAGGUCCACCAAGGCGCCCCCUAGAGGACAGAUGAGGACAGGAAACCCCGCGCACACAGCCAAUCCCUAUUCGUCAAACCCAGGCCCCGCCCACCAGCAGCAGCCAUCCAAUCAGAUGCAGCAGAGGAGGCUGAAGGAACGCAGCUCGGUGACAUCAGAGGAUGCCACGAUCGCCAUGAUGGUUUUUCGAAUUGGGAUCCCGGACAUAAAACAAACGAAGUGUCUCCGGUUUAACCCUGAUGCCACAGUGUGGAAGGCCAAACAGCAGGUCCUGUGCUCCCUCACAGAGUCACUCAGAGACGUCCUGAACUACGGCCUGUUCCAGCCCGCUACAGACGGACAUGACGCCAAGUUCCUGGAGGAAGAGCGCCCCCUAAGAGAAUACCCACAAUCCUUUGAGAAGGGAGUGCCAUAUCUGGAGUUUCGGUACAAAACCAGAGUUUAUAAACAGACCAAUCUGGAUGAGAAGCAACUGGCCAAACUGCACACCAAGGCCAGCCUGAAGAAAUUCAUGGACUACAUUCAGACCAGUGCUGUCGAUAAAAUGGGAAAGUUUUUGGACAAAGGCCUGGAUCCAAACUAUCAGGACGCAGACACUGGAGAGACACCCCUGUCCCUGGCCGUGCAGUGUGAGCCAGGGGGAGGAGAGUCCAUCCGAGUCCUGGUGGAGAACGGAGCCCACAUCGACUUCAGAGCCAAAGACGGACUCACUCCUCUGCACAAGGCUGUCCGCGGCCACCGCCAUACUGCCCUCCUGGUGCUUCUGUCUCUGGGAGCGUCUCCAGACUACAAGGACCGGCGAGGGCUCACACCACUGUACCACACUGUGCUGACAGGGGGCGACACCUCCUGCUGCGAAACACUGCUGUACCACAGAGCCAAACUGGGCAUCAGGGACGAGAACGGCUGGGAUGAGACACAUCAGGCCUGUCAAAAUGGCAACUCUCAGCACUUGGAGCACCUCCUGUUUUAUGGAGGGGACUCCACUUCCCAGAAUGCCUCUGGAAACACUGCCUUGCACAUCUGUGCUUUAUACAAUAAGGAAGGCUGUGCUCGAAUCCUUUUGUACCGAGGAGCAAACAAAGACAUGAAGAACAACAGCGGGCAGACUCCAUUCCAGGUGGCUGUUAUGUCCGGGCACUUUGAGCUGGGAGAGAUCAUCAAAAACCACAGGGACACUGAUGUGGUCCCUUUUGUGGAGUCCCCGAAGUACGCCCCCCAGAGGCGAGAGAGCAGCAGGACACUCACCAUCCCCCCUCACCCUUUCCUCCGCGCCAACAGUGACAGCAGCAUGAACCUGCCCGAGUGGAUGGCAGUGCCCAACGCGCCCACCACCAACAUCGUCUCUGUGCAGGGAUAUAAACACACCGGGACCCUGCGCAGCUCCAGCAGCCCCCGAGGAGCCAGGACCAGGUCUCCGUCCAGAGGCAGGAUCCCAGACAAAGAGGACCGCAGCAGGCAGAGCCGAAGAGGAGGCCCUGCCCCUGCCCCCUCCUCCUCCUCGGGCGCGGGGCAAACGGCCGGUCAGCGCAGACGCCUGUACAGCGCCGUACCGGGGCGGAUCUUUGUGGCCACUCGCUCUCACUCGGCUCAGGGCGAGAGAGAGAUCAGCUUCAACAAAGGAGACCGGGUCAAAGUGCUGAGCGUUGGAGAGGGGGGAUACUGGGAGGGCACGGUCCGCGGCAGGACGGGCUGGUUCCCCUCAGACUGUGUGGAGGAGGUGUUGCUCAAACAGGACAACAGAUCAGAAAGUCGAGGAGAAAGAGCCAAAAGAUUAUUCCGCCAUUACACUGUGGGAUCCUACGACAGCUUUGACGCACCAAGUGACUACAUCAUAAAGGAGAAGACUGUGCUGCUGCAGAAGAAGGACAGCGAGGGCUUUGGCUUCGUCCUCAGAGGAGCCAAAGCCCAAACGCCCAUAGAGGAGUUCACGCCGACCCCUGCCUUCCCCGCUCUGCAGUACCUAGAGUCAGUGGACGAGGGCGGUGUGGCCUGGAGAGCCGGACUCAGGAUGGGAGACUUCCUCAUAGAAGUGAAUGGUCAGAACGUGGUGAAGGUGGGCCAUCGUCAGGUGGUGAACAUGAUCCGACAGGGAGGGAACAGCCUCAUGGUGAAGGUCGUCAUGGUAACACGCAACCCUGACAUGGACGACGGCACCAGGAAGAAGAUUCCUCAGCAAAGCAAGAGAUUGAGCACUCCAGCCAUCGCCCUAAGGUCCAAGUCUAUGACAUCGGAGCUGGAGGAGAUGGUCGAAAGAGCUGCUACCCCUUGGAAAAAAAAAUCAGAAUUCGAAUCCUCACAAGUUUCCGAGAAGAAGAGGACAGUCUAUCAGAUGGCUCUGAAUAAAUUAGAUGAAAUUCUUGCAGCCGCUCAGCAGACAAUCAACACCAACGAGGCUCCAGGGACACGGGGACCGGGGCCCAAACGCGAGAGAGGGCGGAGCUUCUACGGCAACGAGCAGGGCUAUGGGGACCAGUCUGGGAUGGGGGUGAUGUCUUCAGGGUUAGGCCUGGGCUAUGACCGCGGGCAGUACUCUGGUCACGGCCCCCCGCACGGUAUGCUGCGGCAGAAGUCAAUCGGGACCCCUGAGGAGGAGGUGAAACAGUUUCUACACCCUCCGACCAUGAAGUUUGUCCGCAGUCUGUCUGUGCCUGGCCCGGACGACAUCCCCCCUCCCCCCACCACCGCGCCCCCGGAACCCCCCUUCUCCUCCGCCCCGCCCCUGGGAUGGAGAGCCAAAUCCUCCCAGCAGCCCUCCGUCUCCAUGUCCCAGGCCUCUGCCACCUCCGCGCACUACCAGUCUUACUCCCAGCAGCCCGUGCACUUCGCCCACGGGGGCAGGGAGAGGGCGGGCGUACCUGGCAUGAGCUCCGGAAGUGGGGUCGGUGGAGGAGGUGGAGGUGGAGGAGGAGUUGUGGAUCAUAGCGCUGUUUAUGCACAUGCGGUCCAGAGCAGAGCUGCGUCGCGAAAGGUUGCAUACCCUGGGGAGUCUACUGGUGUUGGAGUAGCGACAGCGGCGAAAACGGCGGUUCUCAGGCGUGGUUACAGUACCGCCGCCAUCCCGCCUUCCAGCAUCGCCGCGGUGAUGCCCCAACAACAGCAAACUGCCCAGGGACAACCGCAGCGAGCAGACAGGACUGGGGUGGGAGCGGGUGGGCCAAAAGGACAAGCGAGACGAGGUAAAGGCCCCCUGGUGAAGCAAUCCAAGGUGGAGGACUUGAGAGCUACGCAGGGGGCACUAGGGAGCAAAGGUUCGCUAGAGAAAAGUUCAAUCCCAAUACCGACUAUCAUUGUCAAAGCACCUUCAACUAGUAGUAGUGGGCGUAGCAGUCAAGGUAGCAGCGUAGAAGCAGAUGUCCCCGGUCCAGGUGAAUCGGAUGAGUCCAAAACUCCACUUCCUCCUUCAACACCUGCUCCACAACCACCUGCACCUCCCUCUGUACCUGCUCCUCCACCUCCGUCAAUGAGAGCGCAGGAAAAUAUGGACUAUACAAGCCAGUUCGGUGCAGCUAUCGUAGGUGCCGCCCGAAGAGAUAGAGAGAGAUUCCACGAAGCAAGAAGAAAGAGUGCGUCCUUGUUUAUGUCUGCAGAGGAGGAUGGACUUGGAGGAGGCAUCAGUGAUCAUUUAAGCGGAGGUUCAAGGACUCAGCUUUCACAAUCACAGCUUAGUUCGCAACAGGAUAGCUCGUCAACACGACUACGCCCUUCGAAAUCUAUAGAUGAAGGUAUGUUUUCAGGAGACACCUUCAUUCACCACACGCGCAGUAUGCCCCCUGCUUUUGGACUACCUGAAUACUCUUCAUCAGCUUUGGACUAUCAGCCAAAAUCUGUACCAACUGAUUUGUAUACAGCAGCAGGUAGGCAGCCCUCCCCGAAUACGUCAACCACCUUUAUACACCCGCUAACAGGAAAAGCGCUAGACCCCACCUCGCCCCUUGGUCUCGCCCUUGCGGCUAGAGAAAGAGCAUUGCGUGACGAUUCGAGAAUAAGAAGGGGACCGGAUCAUUUUACCAGGCAAAUGUCUAGUGUAUUCCCAACUUCUAGCGUCUCAUCUCAACCUGUGUCUUCCACCGCUCAGUCUUCAAGCUCCUCUUAUUUAGUCACGUCUUCGUCUGUAGCUGCUACUACCCCGACAGUGGGUCGACCCCCUUCACCCCGGAUUCUUAGGGGUAUGUGGGCGGAUGAGGCCGCGGCGGGAGAUAGAGAUAGAGAGGCAGGAGGGGCAAGAGAAGGGUUAAGGGUUAGAUUUUCAGAAGAUAAAACUGUCCACACGCACCACUAUCAAUCGCAAGGGUAUCAACCAAGAGAUAGGUCCAGAGAGCGGGAUUUGUCAAGAGAAAGAGACAAAGAUAGUUAUAUGCGUAGGACAGAGCAAGUUACUGAUAAUGCGACAGGACAACAGCAAGGAUCCCAAAGACCGUCGUUUCUUAGAAUGGAAAGCCAAUCAGAUCAGUACAUUUUGUCAUUAACUCCACCGUCACCUCCUCCAACUAGCACGCAGCAACAGACCAGUACCACAGGUGGGUCUGGGAUGAUGGUCCUACCCCCACCUGCCCCAUCCGUAGACGCAGAUGAUGAAUUCGUGUACGCAGAUCCCCUCCCACCUCCACUAGAGUUCGCCAAUAGCUUUGACAGAGGUUUAGGUAGCGCAAUGGCGAGGUACGCUCAAGGAGGCAUGCAUCGAAACAUGGCGGCACGUCAAAAUCAACAGGAAGUCCCGCCCCCUCCUCCACCUCCACCACCGCCUCCACCGCCGCCUCCGCCCGCUUCCCAACAGAAGGAGCAAUUCGGGACUGGUUUCCCGGCGCCGUUAACGUCUCCGCAAGCAGGUGAUUCCACAGCGUCCAGCCUUACGUCAUACGAUAGUGAGGUAGCUAAUCUAACGCAGUCUGUUCCGUCUCCAUCACAAGUUUCGCCCAACCCUCCUCCGCCCGCUUCGCCAUCCACGCUUCAACCCACUUCGGUCGGAACGCAACCCCAACCUUCCGUGUCCCCUCCGCCCCAAGCUGGUUCGUAUCAUCGUCCCUUUUCGAUGUCCCAUCACCAUCUUUACAACAGCAGUCACCCCCCUGCUCGCUCCUCUUCACCCACCCCUCCUCAACAACACACAGUAGCCCCUCCGCCAGCGUACAGGGGACCUCCAGCGCACCCCCAGGCGACUGCCACCUCCGCUCCCAAUCGGGGCACCACCGUUUCCCAGGCGACGACGGCCACCUCCGCCCCGACCACCACUUCCUCCACGCCUUCCACAACUAGCACCUCCACACAGCUUUACCACGAGCGGACUUCUCAUACAACUACAGUUAUAACAGGAAGAAGAACUGCGGAGCAACAUCGGACUGCCACAACUGCCAAAAAGGGGGAGUCCCAAGAGACAGUUGUCGAUUCUGGGAUUGAAGAACUCGAUAGUCGUAGCAGUAGCGAUCACCAUUUGGAUAGCAUUUUGGGUUUGAGUGGUAGAAGAGGAAUAGAUGGAGGAAGGUUGACUGGUAACAGUAGCAGGGUGGGGUCAACUGAUUCAGACAGAGCAGGAGAUUUCUUGGAGUCAUACAUGAGCUACUUGGAUGGACAAAGUUUCGAAAUGCAGAACGCCACAGCAGCCGCAGCGUCAACAUACCCCAAAACAAACCGAUUCAGGGAAGGAGGACGCGCUGGGGAUUUGCACCGUCAGACAAGCACCGCACCCGCAUCUUUUCACCGAAGACGAGAUGAGCACGAAGAGGAGGACAUCGAGGAAGGAGGGGUUGAAGAGGACAGCGGGCAAGAGAGCUACACAGUACGAGAUAUGCAGAAUUUGGGACGUCCAGCUUCGCCCUACUACGAGAGGCCACGUACCCCAGAAAUGAAGCCUCUCUGGGGGGAAACGCAGAGUGCAGAGUCGGCGGCGCUCCUGGAGGGUAAAAAGGUCUACCCACCGUCUUCGAGUAUGAAACCGAAUAUCAUCAACGAACUGAGCAACAAGCUGCAGCACAGAAGCAAAGAGAGCUGGAGCAGCCAAAGGGCCCUCAGCAGACACAGAUUUUCCGAAGAUUCUGCCUCUGCUCUGAGCCCUCCGUCGGUGCGCUCCCUCUCUCCCUCUCCCAUCUCUCUCUCCCAGCCCUCCCUCUCUCCCUCCCCCACUCCGGCCUCUCAGUAUCCAAACUGGGGCCGCUCUCCCUCCCCUCAGCCCCAGGUCCAAUCCCAACCUCCUCGCUCCCACUCCCCCCUCUCCCCCACGGGCUACUCUCCUUACCCCACCUCCCCCAAACACCGGCCAGUCUACCGCUCCAAAGCUCUCGAAUUCCAGUUUAUUCCCAGUCGAGAGUCUAGAAAAGCUGAGUCUCACAUUGCGCGCAGACGUGCACCUAGCCCGCUAAUUUCCCCAACGGAGCGCCCCAAACACGCACCACCACGCCCUUCAUCUCUACCCCUGCUCCCUACCUCUCCUCUCUACAGCGCCAUCUACGAUUUGCGUGGGUCAAUUACACCCCCAUCACCCGCAAACCCACUUGGUGACCCCUACUUCUCACCCUCUCCUCCUUUAUUUGCCCCAUCUGGCGCUCCUCCACCUCCAAACUCCACUUUAGUUGUUUCGCGAUCGCUAUCUCCAACUCAUUUCCUAUCUGGGACCUCUUCGCCACCUUUACACCCUAUCCCACCUCCGCCAUGUCUGAGCUACCCUCACCUUCCUCCGCCCUCGCCCACGAAACCGUUUGCUUCCAAGCCCCUGCCCUAUUGGACCAAGUACGAUGUGGCGGACUGGUUGACGUAUCUGAACUUGGGCGAGCACAGGGAGAGGUUUUUGGACAAUGAGAUAGAUGGGACGCACCUGCCCUCUCUCACCAAGGAGGACUACCUGGACCUGGGCGUGACUCGAGUUGGGCAUCGGAUGAACAUCGAGAGGGCUCUGAGGACGGUAAUAGACAGGCUCUCCAGCAGCCCGUUCCCCAUUUCCAUGCUCUCUCCGCGGGAAGGCCAGAGUGACAUGAGGAGGGACGAUGGAAGCCGCAGCUGA